CGGAAGCCGGAACUAUGGUGUUUCCCCUUUAAAAAAAAAAAUGUAAAACGAGCACAGGUUGAACUAGCCUUGCUUUUCUACGCUGUAAUUCCACAUUUCUCCGAAUCCACAAACUCUUAGCUAUUGCGUUCUAAAAAAGCUCCACGCCGAGAAGGUAGUGAACAAAUCAAGAUUUCUGUAAGUCAGAAGCCUUCUGUCACAGCAGCCAGGAAGGGGACUCCAAGAGACGAAGACUCCAGAAACUCAAAGUGGUGUUUUUAAAACACAGUUUCGAUGAGCAGAAUAAUAGAUACCAAUCAAAGGUCCGAGACAAAACCUGUCAGAGGCUCAGAACUGUAGCCCCACUUAGCCUGCUCCAGGCAAAACAAGAAAUCUGGGGCUGGCGCCCUAGUCCUCUGGCUGCGGCAAAUGAACCAACAGCCAGUAAGUGAUCUACAACAUAACUUUGCAAAAACAGAUGCGGAAGAAAUUGAAGAUAACUUAUCUAACAGGAAAGCUAUUGAAAAUGCAAAUAUGAAGCACCUGAAUGAAGGACUAAUUACACUGAAUUCAGCUUUCGUGAAUCUUACCUGCAGAUAUGUACAGUCCACGUGCUCAGAAUGACUUCUGCCUCAACAGAAACCAUGAGCGGCCAAAAUCAAAAAAGGAGGAUGUUUUCAGGAAAAGAAGAUAAGGCCAAGCACAUGAGAGCUUCAGAGCAGAUUAAUGGAAAUAUUUUGCCUCUGGAAAGGCAAACAGCCUUACUGCAACAGGUCAGACAUUUGAUUCAACAGGAGAUCAACAGUAUACAUUUCAAACUGUUUGAUGACAAACUGAAAGAAUUGAAUGAACGCAUUGGAAAGACACACUGCAAGAUUAGACAUGACACAAAAGCUACCGAACUCUUUACAAAAAUAGCAAGGCUUCAAAGACGUGUUCACGCAGUAUUAUCAUUUCAGAGGAACCAUACAGAACCAAAUGUAUCCAGUAAUACAACCUAUAAGGUUGCAAAUUCAGAAACCGUGAAUCUGGCUGAGAAUCAGUCAGUUAAAAGUCUAAGUGAAAGAACGAAUUCUGCGAAACAUGAAGCUUCCAGCCCUUUAGAAAAAGCAAGUGAAAAUAUUGCAUUGUCAGCAGAUCAUGUUGAGUUUGUUUCUGAAAGUAACAAUGAUGAUGUUAUGUUGAUUUCUGUGGAAAAUCCUAAUUUGACAGCUCCAAUUACAUCAAAACCAACAGAUCUGAGGAAAGUUCCAUCAACAGGAAAUUCUAGCAGUUCACUUAAUGCUGACACAGAAGUUACGGCUACAGAAUUGAAGAAACUUGAUUCUAUAAUUGAUUUGACAAAAGAAGGCCUAUCCAGCAGCAACAGCGACACAAGAAGUCCAGUAUCCACCUCGGAGUCAGUGUUGAAAACAACCCCAGAGGCACCGAAUGCAGCCAAGGUUCUGGACUCCUUUGCGCACCUGCCACCUCUCCCAGAGCCACCACCACUAUUACCUGAGCUGGUAGACAAGGUUCGAGACACGCUCCCUCCCCAGAAGCCUGAGCUCAAAGUGAAACGGGUUCUGAGGCCCAAGGGCAUUGCUCUGACUUGGAACAUCUCCAAAAUCAACCCCAAGUGUGCGCCUGUGGAAAGCUACCACCUCUUCCUGUGCCAUGAGAAUGCCAGUAAUAAGCUGAUUUGGAAGAAGAUUGGAGAAAUCAAAGCCUUACCGCUCCCAAUGGCCUGUACUUUAUCUCAGUUUUUAGCUUCCAACAAGUAUUAUUUUACUGUCCAGUCAAAGGAUAUUUUUGGGAGAUAUGGACCAUUUUGUGAUAUAAAGUCUAUCCCUGGGUUUUCUGAAAACCUUACGUAAAAGAAGUGUCUUCAGUAAUUA